AUGUCGCUGGGCUUCGCGAUCGACCGUGGUGGCACCUUCACAGACGUUAUCGUAUUCAAGCCUAAUAGUGAGGUAGAAGUACUCAAAGUGCUCUCAGUGGACCCAUCGAACUACUCGGAUGCACCAACUGAAGCGAUCCGACAGGUUUUGGAGAGGGAGAGUGGAAAGAAGAUACCGAGGGGCGUCCCAUUGCCGACAGAUUCCAUCUCCUGGAUCCGUAUGGGUACUACUGUAGCCACAAACGCUCUUUUGGAGCGUAAAGGAGAGCGUAUCGGACUUCUGAUAACUAAAGGGUUCAAGGAUCUUCUUUUCAUCGGAAACCAGUCGCGCCCCAAAAUAUUCGAAUUCAAUAUUCAAAUUCCUGAAGUUCUUUAUGAUGACGUCAUAGAAGUGGACGAGAGAGUACUGAUUUUGGAUCAAACGAAAGAAUUAAUCGGCGAGGGGGCGGAGAUUGAGACAACUAUCAAUGGACUGCAAAUUGUUGUGGAGAAACGGCUCGAGGAGGCGGAGCUUAAGGAGAAUUUGAAAAAGUUGAAGGAAAAGGGAAUCAGAAGUGUUGCUGUGUUGUUUUUACAUAGUUUUAUCUAUCCCAGGCACGAGAAACGUGCCGGUGACAUCGCCAAGGCAUUCGGUUUCGACUACGUCUCCCUCUCUCACCAAGUGAUGCCAAUGAUAAAAGUGGUGCCACGUGGGUUUACAGUAUGCGCCGACGCUUAUUUGACACCUAAAAUCAUGGAGUACUUGGACGGAUUUCAAGCAGGAUUCACCGAUUUGUCAAAUGUCCGAGUCAACUUUAUGCAAAGUGAUGGAGGACUCUGUGAGAUGAAAUCGUUCCGCGGGUCCCGUGCCAUUCUUAGUGGACCCGCUGGAGGUGUCGUUGGAAUCGCCACGACGGCUUAUAAGGAAACGGAUAAAAAACCGGUGAUCGGUUUUGAUAUGGGCGGUACCUCCACAGAUGUGUGUAGAUAUAGUGGACAUCUGGAACAUGUUAUGGAAACGACAACUGCAGGGAUUACGAUUCAGGCACCACAACUCGACAUCCGCACCGUUGCCGCCGGCGGUGGUUCCCGUCUCUUCUUCCGUGACGGCCUGUUAAUAGUUGGUCCAGAAUCAGCAAGUGCCCACCCGGGACCAGUUUGCUAUCGAAAGAAUGGAUAUCUUACUGUAACCGAUGCGAAUUUGGUUCUGGGAAGAAUUCUUCCAGAAUAUUUCCCCAAAAUAUUCGGACCAAACGCUGAUGAGCCAUUGGACAAGGAGGCGUCGUAUAAGGCGAUGGAGGAGAUCACAAAAACUAUAAAUGAGUUUAUGGAGAACGAUCCGAAUUCUGUGAAUCAAAAGUUUACUGUAGAAGAGGUCGCCCUUGGUUUCCUAGCCGUUGCCAAUGAAGAAAUGUGUCGUCCCAUCCGAACUCUCACCCAAUCCCGUGGCUUCAACCCAUCUGAACACGUGCUCGCGUGUUUCGGUGGUGCAGGAGGGCAACACGCGUGUGCAGUGGCAAAAGUGCUGGGGAUUAGUCAAGUGAGAAUCCAUAAGUACGCUUCAUUGCUAUCGGCGUACGGAAUCGCUCUGGCUGAUGUGGUCGAUGAGAGUCAGACGCCAGCGCAGGUGGUUUAUGAGAAAGCAAACUACGCGAAAAUCUACUCCCAGUUCAUGGAUCUUCGUGCAACAUCACUAGCUGGUCUUAAGACUCAAGGAUUCUCGGAAAACCAGAUCGAAACCAAGUAUUUUAUGCAUAUGAGAUACGAGAAGACCGAUACAGCAAUCAUGAUAUCUUAUGACAUUGAAAAACCGGAAGAUUUGAUCUACUUCAACGAGGAAUUCCGAAAAACUUAUCGCCGAGAGUUCGGGUUUGUCCUAGAAGACCGAAAUAUCAUAAUUGAUGACGUGAGGAUUCGUACGCGUGGAAAAUCAGGAUGCCACGUGGAAAAACUAAUCGAUAAGGCACCAGUAGAUCAAAAACUAGCUCGCGCCAAAUCCCAAACUCUGGUCUAUUUCGAAAAUGCAAAAUUCGUGGAGACCGGAGUCUACCUUCUCGAGGAAAUGCUGGCAGGACAGAUUAUCAAUGGUCCAGCUUUGCUUAUCGAUAAAAACAGCACUAUUGUCAUCGAACCGUCGAGUACAGUAACCAUUACACCACAUGGAAAUGUGGAGUUACAAAUUGGGAAUGACGUGGAGAAGGAUUUGACGACGGAGGUGGAUCCGAUUCGUUUGGCGAUUUUUAGUAAUCGAUUCAUGUCGAUUGCAGAGCAAAUGGGAAGAAUAUUACAGAGAACUGCGAUUUCUACUAAUAUUAAGGAACGCCUCGACUUCUCGUGCGCCUUAUUCGCUCCGGAUGGUGGUCUUAUCGCAAAUGCACCGCAUAUUCCAGUCCAUCUUGGUGGUAUGCAGUACACUGUCAAAUUUCAAAUAGACCAUCGAGGCAUCGAAAAUAUCAAGGAAGGCGAUGUCUACCUGGCGAACCAUCCCCUCGCCGGCGGGUGUCAUCUACCGGAUUUUACCGUAAUCACGCCGGUUUUUUUCAAGGGGCACGAGACGCCCGUCUUCUUCAUUGCCAACCGCGGACAUCACGCGGAUAUCGGCGGAUUGGUGCCGGGAAGUAUGCCACCGAAUGCACAUCAUAUCGAUCAAGAGGGAGCAUCGUUCAUCUCGUUUAAGCUAGUGGAUGAGGGAGUAUUCCAGGAGGAAAAACUGAUAGACGCGUUGAAGGCACCUGGCAAGGUGCCAGGAUGCUCUGGAGCAAGAAAUAUUGGGGAUAAUAUUGCGGAUUUGAAUGCACAAAUUGCGGCGAAUCGGAAGGGCAUCCAACUAGUCACCAGUCUCAUCGAGGAGUACUCGCUCGACGUCGUUCACGCCUAUAUGCAACACAUCCAAAACACCGCGGAGCUAUGUGUCCGCGAGAUGUUGAAACGUGUCGGGCGACAAGUUUUAGCGAAAACCGGCAAAAGUCAACUAUCCGGAGAGGACUAUAUGGAUGACGGUACAGUAAUCCAUCUUACCGUAGAUAUUGAUAUCGAGGAGGGCACCGCCGUGUUCGAUUUCGAGGGUACUGGACCAGAAUCUUAUAGCUCUUGUAACGCGCCGAGAGCUGUUACAAUGUCAGCGAUAACGUACUGCUUGAGGUGUCUAGUGGAGAAGGAUAUCCCAUUGAAUAACGGGUGUCUGGCACCGAUUAAAAUCCUGAUCCCUGAAGGGACGAUUCUCUCACCAAGUGCCACAGCGCCAGUGGUCGCUGGCAACGUGUUAACCAGCCAGCGACUUUGUGACGUCAUAUUCAAGACAUUCGACAUAGUGGCUGCUAGUCAAGGGUGUAUGAAUAACUUGGUAUUCGGAGAUGACACAUGUGGGUACUACGAGACAAUCGCUGGCGGAGCGGGUGCCGGAAACGGGUUCGAUGGUCGAAGUGGUGUACAUACUCAUAUGACGAACACUCGAAUUACGGACCCCGAGAUUUUGGAGAACAGAUUCCCGGUGGUUCUCAGGGAAUGGAAACUACGAGAAGGAUCCGGUGGAAAUGGAAAAUGGAAGGGCGGAGAUGGAGUGGUAAGACAGUUGGAGUUCACGAGAAGGCUUACGAUGAGUUUGUUGACGGAGAGACGCGCCUUCGAACCUUACGGCCUCCACGGUGGUCAAAACGGAAAACGUGGCUUGAAUCUGCUGAAACGGAAUGGGCGAGCCGUUAAUAUUGGAUCGAAGGCGAGUUUCGAGAUCGAGAAGGGUGAUGUGCUGUGUAUUCAGACUCCGGGUGGUGGGGGAUAUGGUAGGCCGGAGUAA